CCUUAGUCUCGUCCGUUCCACCUUCUCCGCAUUUCCAAUCGUUUAAUUUCAGACGCAAUCUUUCAAAAUGGGUGGCCACUUGGAUCCUAAGAACGGAGUUUUCCUUGGUACCUGGGGUGACUUCGGUUGCCCUACCCCCCAGCGCAUCGCCUCUUACUCUCUGUCUCCCAACCGUCAGCGCCCCUUGGCCGGUACCGCCCACGCUGCUUUCUUCAAUACCUUCCGGAGAUUCAGGCACCAGGUUCUCUACGUCGCUCCUCCUUUCAUCAUCGCCUACGCCGCCAUGGACUGGGCUAUUGAGAGGAACCACUACCUCAACUCCAAGCCUGGCCGCCUUGCUGAGGGUGGUGACGAGUAAAUGGUGAUAUAAACCGGUGAUAUGAUUUCAAACUGGAGGAUCAAGGAGUGGGAUUGCAAUGUACAGUAACUAGAAGCAAUCGAAUGCGAUGCGUGUUCCAUUGUCCGAUCCAUGCUUCUUGGGUUCUAUUAUGCUACGAUGCGUAUGACUCCUGCGACUAUAAUUCGGUGUCGUGGAUCUGCUCCUCGCGCCUCAGAUCAGAUAAGAAUGCUAUAUUUAUGCUCACACUAGUAACGAGAAAUCAAAAAACGAGUUAUUUACCGUCUGGUAGCUCGAUAAGAUGUUUCUAUGUGGGCAGGUUGUUGGCAUUGGAUUUGGGAGAAGCUCCAAUCAAAUGACUUGAAUUUGGCAUAGGAUCCACAGGUCAUGAUUGGCCAGUUCACCCAGACUGCAAACAGCGCUUUGCUUAGGCUGAUAUAGG